AUUCACACGCUCUUCCUUUCUCUCCAUAAAAAACAAUACAAUACCAAAGUAUUAUUAAUAAUAUGGAGGGAAGUGACACUAACAACACCACCUACUCUAACUCUACUUCUACUUCUUCUGGUUAUCCUCCUCCUCCGGCGGCGGCGACGGUGGCGGUUGUGAUGAGCCCUUGUGCAGCAUGCAAGAUCUUGAGGCGAAGAUGCACGGAGAAAUGCAUGCUUGCGCCAUAUUUCCCUCCCACCGAGCCUACCAAGUUCACCAUUGCUCAUAGGGUCUUUGGCGCUAGCAACAUCGUCAAGUUCUUGCAGGAGAUUCCGGAAUCUCAAAGAGCUGAUGCAGUGAGUAGCAUGGUGUAUGAGGCAAGUGCAAGAAUAAGGGACCCAGUUUAUGGUUGUGCAGGUGCAAUUUGCCAGCUUCAGAAGCAAGUCAAUGAGCUUAGAGCACAAUUGGCAAAAACACAAGCUGAGGUUGCAACUAUGCAAUUUCAACAAGCCAACCUUGUUGCCCUAAUUUACAUGGAAAUGGCACAACAACAAAGUUCCCAACAACAACAACAAGAAUUUGAAUCAUCACCUCAGCAAUCAUCAAUGGAAGAUUUCAAUGUUCCAAGCCCUCACUAUCAACAAAGUAACAUCAACUACUUUGAGGAUAACCCUAGCCUCAAUUCAUUGUGGGAGCCGCUCUGGACAUGAUUUAUCGUAUGUUAUAUACGAGAAAUGAUAUUUGUACUAUUUUUUUGUAUAUGACAUUUCUUUCGUAUCAGAGAUGUGUAUACAAAAAAUAAUAUAAAUAUUAUUUUUUAUAACAUAUAUAGAUGAUUUAGAAAAAAGAGUCGUGAUUUUUGUACUUAAUUUCUCUUUAAUUCUAAAUUAGAUUAUUUUUCUAUAUGAUUAGAUCAAAUAAUGUGUGAGACUUAUAUAAUUAAUGGGUUCUCACAUGCUUGAUUUAAUAGUAAAGAAAAAUAAAUCGAUUUAGUAUUUAAAAAGAUAAAGUAUAUAAAUCAUUUCUCAAAAUAGAUAUAUAUGGAUCUUGCUGAAGAAAUAUUGAAUUAUGACUAAAAAUAACUAUGUAGCUAGGAUUUAAGUUGAAUUAAUUCUAUGGGGAAAGAAUAUUCCUUAUAUACCUGCGACCAUGUCUCCCAUUAUUGCGCAAGCUAGGUGAGAAUUGAGAAAUGAGGUAUAUGAAUAUAUGCAUAUCACAUCAUCUUGAAAAGUUAAAAAAAAAAUAUAGAUGGUGAUGUAAUCAUUUAAUGUAUGUAAUCUUUGCAAUUUGAAGAAGGAUUAAAUUUUUAUGUAUUAA